GAUUGAUACAAUAUUAACACAGUAUAACAUGGUGUAGUCUUACACAUUGCACUGUUAGACGGUGGUAAUCAAGGUGUGUGGUUACUUAAGGACUAUGAUGGACAAACAAGUUGAGGAGAUUGUCGCAAACAAUCGCGGAAGAUCUCGGCACAUUGAUUUUCUGAAAAUACCCUGCAAGGUUAUAUGCCCAUUACCGGGAAUGGCUUUCCUUUCUCCUAAAGCUUUGGAAGAACAUAGGCUAAACAUACGAAUUGAUGAAGUUUUACCGGAAGAUGAUUUAGACUUGCAUCUUUUCUAUGCAAAACAUCUUUAUACGAGUGGAUUGUGUAAAAUCAGCUUUCCAGCAUACUAUAAUAACGUUGGGGCAUUGCUUGCGGAACCAACUGCCACAGCUCUAGGGUUGCUGUCUCCCUUCUAUUUUCAACUUGGAUACGAACUCUGUAAUUUGCUACCGGAGAACGAGUGGCCAAUAGAUAAUUUCCAUAAGAUAUUGAAGGAAGCUGAAUGUAAAAGACGUCUUUAUCUGCUACGACGCAACGACACGUGCGAUGAUACUUUCCUCAUGGGACUGACAUUCGAGGAACGCAAACUACAGAGCGUAUUGAUGCAUGGCGAUAGUAAUGCGUUAAUCACGAGUGUGACGUUGAACAGCAUAUCGAACUUUUAUGGUUUUGAAAAUUAGAAUGUCA